AAAAGCAUUCAAAAGCUUCGCAAGAUCAAGGCUGUUCGGUAUCGUACGGGUACUGUUCGCUACAUCUAUACACUAACUGCUUAAGCUCCCGCAACUCAGCAGCAGUUAAGUUGUAACCGCGCGCACGUGAGGUACCGUCAUCGAGUGCACUGUAAAUCUCGUUCUUAUUGGCUGCCACACUUGGGUGACAAAUUGAAACAAACUGCUGACAUUGCCUGCUAACGUUUGGAUAAUAAAUAAAACAAGUUUAAAGCAACAAACACAUAUUACAUUAAUUGCUUAAAUAAUAAUCUAAUAAUCAUGUAUAUAAUCCGACUGAUGAUAAGCAUUGGUCUCAUUUUAAUCUUUGCUGCCGCAUUGAGUGCCAAUUAUCAACAGGAACAUGAUAUUAGAUUUCGUCGUGAUGAACAAAACUCUAGCGAUAUGGACGACAGCAGUGGUUUUGAAGAGAACGAUGUCGGAUGGACUAAUAUAAAUGAAGAAGUAGAUGUAGUUACACCAAUGGUGCUGCAACAUCUUCACACUCUGGGUAUAGAACAUUUAAAGCUGCCGGAUAUGAAAGAGAGUCUUUCUGUUAAGCCGCUAUUUAUUACUUAUGAAGCAAGUCUAUUAUUGACCAACGGAAUUGUUUAUAACCUUUCUGUUAUACGAAGAAAUGGGACUGCACUGAUGACAUAUAAAGGUAAAUCGUUUCUAUGUCGAUUUUACUUAAGGAUCAAUGAGUUGCAGUUUGAGUAUAAUUUUAUGCUCAAGGUGAUGGCUAUUGAGGGAUAUGGAAAAGUAAUUGGGUCACUUGAUGACACGAUAAUCUAUGCGGAGCUGGCUGUUAAUGUUAUAAAUUCAAAACUUCAUCUUCACGAUUUCCGGAUUAUAGAGUUCAGAAACAUUCAUGUGCAAUUGGACCAAACUCGCUUGAUUCGACAGUUAACAGGGAUUAUUUUAAGUCCAAUAACAAAUUUGUUUAAAGACCGUAUUACAACAUCAAUUGCUGAUGGACUGAAAGAGCAAAUGCAAAUGAUAAUGGACGAUUUUAAUAAUAAAGACCCACUAGAAUUGCGCAAAUUUACGAAAAAGCUUUUAUCCGGAAUAUCUGGGUCAACAGACGAAAUAAUUUCUUAAGCUUAUCAUAAAUGUUAUGGAGCACUAUAAAUAAUUUGAAUAUUCAAAUAAAAAACAAACUUUUGAUAGUCUAAAGACCUAA